UUUGUCAAGAUCGAUCAUGUAAACGUCAUAGUAAACGUCAAAUAGUUGUUUUCAUUAGUGAGUCAUUUUUAAUUUUAUGGACAUUGUUUGAAUUAAUUUUGAUUAAAAUUACAUUUCAAUACUCUACAAUUUUACGAAAAUGGAGUGGCUUUUCGGUAAGAAAUUGUCGCCUGAAGAGCUUCUUCGCAAAAAUCAGCGGGCGUUAAACAAAGCAAUGAGGGACUUAGAUCGAGAAAAACAGAAAAUGGAACAACAGGAAAAGAAAAUUAUUAACGAUAUAAAAAAAUUAGCUAAAGAGGGGCAGAUGGAUGCUGUUAAAAUUAUGGCAAGAGAUUUAGUAAGAACUCGAAGAUAUGUAAAGAAAUUUAUGUUAAUGAAAGCAAACAUUCAAGCAGUUUCACUUAAAAUACAAACAUUAAGAUCGCAAAAUGCUAUGGCUCAAGCUAUGAAAGGAGUUACCAAGGCUAUGGCUAGUAUGAAUAGACAACUCAAUUUACCACAGAUACAAAGAAUAUUACAAGAAUUUGAAAAGCAAUCUGAAAUUAUGGAUAUGAAAGAGGAAGUUAUGAAUGAUGCUAUUGACGAUGCGAUGGAGGGUGAUGACGAUGAGGAAGAAAGUGAUGCAGUUGUGAAUCAAGUUCUGGAUGAAUUAGGCCUACAACUGACUGACACCCUGUCCGGAUUACCUCAAACUACCGGAUCUUUACCUGCCACUGGUCAAAAACAACCCGCCGCAGCAGCUGCUACUGUAGGUGGCAACGGUGGUCUAUCAGAUGCCGAUGCAGACCUUCAGGCUAGACUGGAUAAUUUACGUCGUGAAUAGAUGUAAAGUCUAAGUUAUUAUGAGCAAAAAUGUUCUAAGAAAGAUUGCUUUAUAAUGAUAUAACAAUAUUGUAAUAUACAAAUUAUACACUGUUAAAUUAGUUUGUAAUCCUGCUUAUGUUUGAGGUUCACUGUUGAAAGGGAUAAGUGUGAUCUGGUUUCAUAAGUUGCAAAUAAUGUUUAUAUUAUUUCACUGUGAUCUGCUAUCUUCUUCUUUUAUGCAUUUGAAGAGCAGUUUUAUCCUUUUUAGUUAACCUCGAUAUAAAAUACUAGCAUUCUAAAUUUGUUAUAUAUAUUUUCUUAUAAAUAAUAUGGUUUUUAUAUAUAUUAUAUUUUUUUUAUAAACUGUAUUUCGAACUGUUUAGUAUCAAAGUCAUUUAAAAAAAUGUUUGGUUUAAUGGUGCCUUUGUCAAUUUAGAUAACAUUGUCCAAUAUGCACUGUUUUACAGAGAAAAAUAAAUGACUGUUCUGUGAA